AUGGUGUAUGGCUGCUUGUACUACGCGAAGUCCUACCAGAAGACCUUCGCCACUUUGAACUUCGCAGGUGAAAGAUUUUCUGAAAUAGUUGGAAGCCCUCAUUACAUGGCUCCAGAAGUUAUAAAACGGAAUUAUGGACCAGAAAUUGAUAUAUGGAGUGCUGGAGUUAUACUCUAUAUCUUACUGUGUGGAGUUCCACCAUUUUGGGGUGAAACUGAACAGGGAGUUGCUCAAGCAAUUCUUAGGGGCGUAAUAGAUUUCAAACGGGAACCAUGGCCUAGUAUUUCUGACAGUGCUAAAAAUUUAGUUCGGCUGAUAUUGGAACCUGAUCCCAAGCUUCGGUUAACUGCAAAGCAAAGCAUCAUUGGCUUCAGAAUGCAAAGAAAGCCUCAAAUGUACCUCUUGGUUAUUGCUAAUCACUUAUCUACUGAAGAAGUGGAAGACAUUAAAGAGAUGUUCAAGAUGAUGGAUGCUGACAAUGAUGGCAUUGUAUCCCACGAUGAACUCAAAAAUGGGCUCGCUAAAUUUGGUUCACAUCUGGUGGAGUCUGAAGUGCAGUGCUUAUUGAAGCAGUGA